UGCUGACUGCGUCGGAUGCUUUCCUGUCCAAUUGUGCAGCGUGAACUUGAACGCGGCACGCAGCUCAUAUACCUAAUAAUAAGUCACCUUUUCUCCUUAAACACACGCGAAAAGCAAAGCUGCCGUCUCGUACUUUCUCUUUUUUUCAUCUCAGCGAGCUGCCAAGAAGCGUCCUAACAUCUGGAGAGAAAAGAGGGGCGAGCCGGAGAAAGUUUUUGGAGGGAGGCGGAGAGCAAAGGAGAAAGGAUCUGAAGUGGUGAAAAAUGCACUGAAAAUGCGCUGAAAAAAAAUCGUCUUUUUUUGGCCGCUGCGUGGACAAACUCGCCGGGAGUUGAUACGCGUGGAAGUGGUGGGGGACGAGGAGGGGAAGGAGGUCCACUUUAAAGGGGCGACGAGUCCACCUGGAUGGUCGGAGAAUGAAUUAGUCCAAGCUUGGACUCGACCCGUCCACACGUAAGGCGAGCGCCUCGGCCUCUCCACCACCCCCGAAUAGAGCCAGGCCUAUGUCCAUGGAUGAGGAGAGGAGUGUUCUUGACAUCCUCCCAAAGCCACCUGAUGAUGGAGACCCCGGUCCAGCAGCCCCCCGACCCACUUUACACGUAAACGCUACCAUAGAGACGGAAAAUAGCAGCCUGAUCCCAACAACAAGUCGAGAUGUGGCCAACACCUACACCGAGCCCCUCAUACUGAGGUCGAAUCACCCCGAGAGGUCGCGGGGCGAGGACGGCGGCAAAUGCAAAGGCGGCCCCCCGCACCCGGAGCUCGUGGCGCCCGGCGGGAGCAUCACGUUUCAACCAGCAGCCAGAUCCACACCCAUCCACCCCACCCAACCGUGCCGGACGCAGCCUAGCAGCCAACUACGCAACGGAACCAAACACCAUGCACACUCCCCUCACUGUCCGCAUCCCGCGCCGCACCCGCACGCACUCCAGUCCGGCGGGGACAGGAACGGGGGCCCUCAUGCGCAUCCCAAACUGGGUUCCCUCCCAAGAGGAGGCUCGUCCACCUCUUCCUCCUCGUCGGCGGGACCCAGGCACGGCAGGAAGUUGCAGUCUAACCCUUCCAUCACCUCCCAGAGCAGCAAGAGGAGCAAAGGCAGCUCCAAAAGUAGCUCCAAGAGCAACAGCUCCCAGAUUCCCACAGAAGCACAGGAUGACUGCUGCGUUCACUGCAUCCUGGCCUGCCUCUUUUGUGAAUUCCUGACGCUGUGCAACAUCGUGCUGGACUGCGCCACCUGCGGCUCGUGCGCCGGCGACGACUCCUGCUUCUGCUGCUGCUGCGCCUCCGAGGAGUGCGGCGACUGCGAGCUGCCGUGCGACAUGGACUGCGGCAUCAUCGACGCCUGCUGCGAGUCGGCCGACUGCCUGGAGAUCUGCAUGGAGUGCUGCAGCCUCUGCUUCUCCUCUUGAGGGCCACGGCGCACGCUCGUCCCAAAGCCUGUCUCCGGGGAAGCGACGUGGACGUGGUCUCUUGUCCAAGCUGCAAAGCGCUAUGUCCGGUCUUUGCCGCCGCGGCUUGCGGCUCUCGCUACGUCGGCUUGUCGUCUCUCUCUUUUACGGGCCCGACCGCAGAACAGCAGCCUCUCUUGCCUCGUGCUCGCUGUCGGGCUGCCAGAGUCUCAGCCGUGUUCCAGGCGUGAGCGCGUAGACCGGAUCGUUCCCAAGGAGCCCCUCGUGUGGAUUUGAGUGACUGGAGUUCUCCGAGCAUGAAAAAUUACCACAAAAAGUCAAAUGACAAAACGGAUCCAUUUAACCGGAUUCCAGAGGUUCCGUUGAUAAGAGCGGCUGAAUAAUGGGGAAAAAACUCAGAACUGUUUCAGUCCAUCUUUCACAAGGUUAACGUCUUCCGGUCUGAUUGUGUGGCCUUGGUGAGAGGCGGAUCCACUGACGUCUUUGUGCGCGGAGAAACGUACAAAAAACCCCCACAAAAUAACGGCGGCUUGUGGCAAUAUCACAUUCUCUUUGCACGUUCUUAUUCAGUGGACCUAAUCACCGAAGAAUCGUGACAGAGUCGCUCAUCAACCUGCAGAUGAAGAGCAUCAAAUCAGCGGCGUUGGCGAGCGGGCUUGGACGGGCCGCAAACAUGUGAAGGGAGAAACAUCUCUGCUCAUUUCAUACUUCACGUUUUGUUUACUUCCGUUAUGAGAACUGGAUAAGGCGACGUGGUUCCUUUAAUAGGUUUCAUCGUUCUUUGUGGCUCGUCAUGUGAACAAAUGGCAUGAGCGCAUAGACUGCAUUGUUCCCAUAGAGCCCCUCGUCUGGACUCAAGUGACUGGAGUUCUCUGAGCAUAAAAAAUGACCUCCAAAAGUCAAAUGACAAAACGGAUCCAUUUACCCGGAUUCCAGAGGUUCCGUUGAUAAGACCGGCGGCAUAAUGGGGAAAAAACUCAAAACUGUUUCAGUCCUUCCUUCGCAAGGUUCACGUCUUCCGGUCCGAUUGCGUGGCUUUGGUGAGAGACGGAUCCAGUGGUGUCUUUGUGCGCGGAGAAAGGUACAAAAAAAAACACAGAAUAACGGUGGCUUGUGGCAAUAUCACCUUCUCUUUGUACGCUCUUAUUCAGCAGACCUAAUCAGCGAAGAAUCGUAACAGAGUCGCUCAUCAGCCUGCAGAUGAAGCUCAUCAAAUCGAGCUUCGAGGGCCACAAACAUGUGAAGGGAGAAACGUCACACCUCAAUUCAUACUUCACGUUUUGUUUACUUCCAUUUGAGAACUGGCGACGUGGUUCCUUUAAUAGGUUUCAUCGUUCUUUGUCGUUCUCGUCGUGAGCAAAUGGCGCGAGCGCAUAGACCGGAUUGUUCCCAUGGAGCCCCUCGCCUGGAAUCGAGUGACUGGAGUUCUCCGAGCAUGAAAAAUGACCUCCAAAAGUCAAAUGACAAAACGGAUCCAUUUAACCGGAUUCCAGAGGUUCCGUUGAUAAGAGCGGCGGCAUAAUGGGGAAAAAAAUUCAGAACUGUUUCAGUCCUUCCUUCGCAAGGGUCACGUCUUCCGGUCCGAUUGCAUCACCUUGGUGAGAGGCGGCUGCACUGAUGUCUUUGUGCGCGGAGAAACGUACAAAAAAACCUACAGAAUAAUGGCGGCUUGUGGCAAUAUCACGUUCUCUUAGUACGCUCUUAUUCAGCGGACCUAAUCAGCGAAGAAUCCUGACAGAGUCGCUCAUCAGCCUGCAGAUGAAGCGCAUCCAUUUGAGAACUGGCGACGUGGUUCCUUUAAUAGGUUUCAUCGUUCUUUGUUGCUCUCGUUAUGUGAAGAAAUGGCGUGAGUGCAUAGACCGGAUUGUCCCCAUGGAACUCUUUCGCCUGGACUCAAUAGACUGGAGUACUCAGAGCAUGAAAAAUGACCUCCAAAAGUCAAUUGACAAAACAGAUCUAUGUAACCGGAUUCCAGAGGUUCCAUUGAUAAGACCGGCGGCAUAAUGGGGAAAAAACUCAGAACUGUUUCAGUCCGUCCUUCGCAAGGGUCACGUCUUCCGGUCUGAUUGCGUGGCCUUGGUGAGAGGCGGCUCCAGUGAUGUCUUUGUGCGCGGAGAAACGUACAAAAAAAAAACACAGAACAACGGCGGCUUGUGACAAUAUCACGUUCUCUUUGUACGUUCUUAUUCAGCGGACCUAUUUAGCGAAGAAUCGUAACAGAGUCGCUCAUCAGCCUGCAGAUGAAGCUCAUCAAAUCGGGCUUAGAGGGCCACAAACAUGUGAAGGGUGAAACAUCACUCCUCAAUUCAUACUUCACGUUUUGUUUACUUCCAUUUGAGAACUGGCGACGUGGUUCCUUUAAUAGGUUUCAUCGUUCUUUGUCGUUCUCGUCGUGAACAAAUGGCGCGAGCGCAAAGACCGGAUUGUUCCCUUGGAGCCCCUCGCCUGGACUCAAUUGACUGGAGUUCUCUGAGCAUGAAAAAUGACCUCCAAAAGUCAAAUGACAAAACGGAUCCAUUUAACCGGAUUUCAGAAGUUCCCUUGAUAAGAGCGGCGGCGUAAUGGGAAAAAACUGAAGCCGGUGCUCUCAGCAGAACUGUUUCAGUCCGUCCUUGGCAAGGUUAACGUUUUCCGGUCUGAUUGCGUGGCCUUUAUGACAUGCGCGGCCGCGGGAGGCGGAUCCAUUGAUGUCUUUGUGUGCGGAAAAACGUACAAAAAAAAAAAACCCACAGAAAACGGCGGCUUGUGGCAAUAUCACACUCCCUUUGUUCGCUCUUAUUCAGCGGAACCUAAUCAGCGACGAAUCAUGAGAGAGUCGUUCAUCAGCCUGCAGAUGAAGCGCAUCAAAUCGCCGGCGUCGGCGAGCAAACAUGUGAAGGGAGAGACGUCUCCUGAUUUCAUACGUCACGUUUUGUUUACUUCCAUUUGAGAACUGGAUUUAAAAGGCGACGGUGGUUUCCUUUUAAUAGGUUUCAUCGUUCUUUGUCGCUCUCGUCAUGCGAACAAACGGCCUCCUCGGCUUAGCCCACCGCCUCAAUUUCCGAGUAGAUCCCAAAUCUCUAUUAAUCCUUUUUUUAUUUGGGGGGUGGGGGCGGGGGCUAGAUUGUAGUUAAGAUAUUUGCAUGUCUCCUCUAAUGUGAAAAUCACAUUUCUGUGUUAUCAGGUUCGGCCAAGCUCGCCGUGGAGCAGGUACUGCUCCACGUCUAAUUUAAUUCCAGCGGUGGAAAUCUCCGAUGACAUUAUGCUAAGUUCCAAUGGUAUGAAUGGUACGCUUUUGAUAACAGGACCAAGUCUCCCACCGCUAGACACUUUUUCCAACCCAAUACCUCUUUGCUAUGUGCUUCUUUUUUUUUUUAAUGACGUGAUACAAAUCUCUCUCCUCUUACUAUUCCGUACUUGUGCAAUUAUUCUUUCGUUCUCUUAAAAAAAAAACAAAGUUGACUUUGACUGGACCUUAAUUUGAUCCCGUACGUGCAGUAGGGAAGGGAUUCAUAUGGCCCCGUUGCUGGGAGAGGGGGGUUAGUCGUUUUUGCAAUGCAGUUUGCUGAAAAUGGUUGAAAGCGCUAGGGCUGGGCGAUUAUGGACCAUAACGGUUGGAUCGAUAUAUAACGGUAUUUUUAAAACGGUGUUUAGUUCAAGCCGGGGGUGUCCAAAUUAUUUUUUGACUCGGGGGCCGCAUUGGCUAAAGAAUAUGGCCCGGGGCCGAAAGCCGACUGCAUGUAAUGUAAUUUUAUAUGUAUGUAUGUAUAUAUAUAUAUAUAUAUAUAUAUAUAUAUAUAUAUAUAUAUAUAUAUAUAUAUAUAUAUAUACACAUAUAUAAACCAUGAAUUGAUUGACGUGGACUCCGACUUAAACAAGUUGAAAAACUUAUUCGGGUGUUGCCAUUUAGUGGUCAGUUGUACGGAAUAUGUACUGUACUGUGCAAUCAAUCAAUAUGAUGUAUUUACUUUAAAUAUAUAUAUGCCGUUGAGACAAGUUUCAUUUGAGAGCAGCGUGUGUAACUUUAAAAGGCGGUGUCUGUUGCCAAGCGACGAAUGACGUCAGUGGGGGUCUCGCCGCAUUUGUUAAGCUUGUGUUACCCCUGGUUAGUAAAAAGGAGCCGCCGCCUGAGUUACGGUGCGGGCACGUCGGCAAUGGGCGAUAGAUCCUUCCGGCCCACCGGAUCCUUUCUCAGCUAUCCCGUGCUGCACCGUAACAAAGGCACAUAAAAAAAUACAGGUAUGACGGUAUUGUCUCAAAUAUAUACCGCUUUCUGAAAUAUACCGGUAAUAACUAUCGCCCAGCCCUAGAAAGCGCCAUUUAUUUAAUUUUUCACUCUUAUUUACCCAGGAAAGUCCCAUUGAGAUUAAGAAUCUCUUUUCCAUCGCAAAUGCCACAAAACACAUUUUAACACAUUCAACUCUACUGCCGUCUGGCGGCUAAAGUGGAUAGCCCACUCCCCCAAAUUCGUCACGUUUCAUGUGUCAGGUAAACCGCAACGGAUGGAGCCAUAUGAAUCCCCCUUCCUGUACUUGGUUAAGGCGGAUUGAAACCCCGUUUCAGAGACUCCGUCUGAGGGAACGAGGACGCUGACAAUGGUGGAUGACUAAGUGUGUUGUGUUUGAAAUGAUAACCCUGGAAAGCUCUGGAAAACGAUGCGAUAUUUCACAGUGAAGACGAUGGAACGUAAAAAAAAAAUGGUUUAUGAUGUCAUUUUUGGGGUAUGAGCAGAGUGUCGAUAGUACUUUCUCACCAGACCAACCAUGGAAGAAUCUUUUUUUUUCAUAGGAAAACAUUUCAAAACAAUCAUCGGACCUUAAAGAAUAAUUAGCUUUGUAGCCAAAAAAAAAGCUAACUGUCUUAUUAAAAUCUCAAAGCGCUGACUUUUUGCUUUGAAUGAACCUAAAUGAUGGUUGACUUUUAAUUAAAAUCGUGUCAUUAUUGUACUCUGAUGACCACGGUGCUCAAAGUCACAUUUUUUUUUUUUGUGUUACGGAACAUAAAUUAUGUAAAGUAUGUGUCAUUUGUUAAAAGGACCGUCAAGGACAUUGAGCAUAUUCCAAUUUCAUGUAAUGAAGUGGCAGUCGUUCACGGACUUCAAAUCGUCAUUUUUUUUUGGUCGCGGGGUUCCUACUGCAGGGAAGAAGUGUAGUCUAUUUGUCGAUUACACAAUUCCCGGAUUAAUGUCGCACUCACUUCACUAGGAGAAAGUUUAUUUUGCGCCUGUAUCGGCCGCACAAGUGUAAGCAUUAAAACAUGCCGGCAUGUGAGACUUCUGCGAAAAUCAGCAUUUUUAAACCUUAAAAAUUUCCCCUACGCAUUUCCUUUCAUUUUUUUAUCAAUUGGGAUUGAAAGAGUGACGUGGAAACACAAAUAAUUUUGAGUCUUGCUUGCAUCUGAAUAGCGUUGUUAUAAACAAGCCUAUUUCCUGAAGUAUCUUUAAGAACUUCAAAACAUGGCGCGAAAGUGCGACAUCAUUAACUGCCACAUAAGUGGACUGCAGGGGGGAAAAUUUGGGGGGGGGG